UCUACUGCUCGGCCACGGCCUUUCAUUUUUUGUACUGGAAGUGAAGAAUAUCGAAUAAAAUAAGAUCGAAAUUACUAAAUAUCGAAACUACGAAAUAUCGAUAUUAAUUUUCCCAUCAACUUUUUUUAAUAAACGCUGUCAAACGAAAAAAAGAAGAAAAGUGAGGCUAACACUUAACCUAAUUUUGAUUCAUCGUAAUCCCGGCACUUUUCAACCUUUUAACAACUUCCAAAGAUUUUAGUUCUUAAUUUGAGUCAAAGACUCUAUUAUUUUUAAUAUUAUUAAGUGUAUUCGUUGUUUAAAUAUUUUGUCGUAGUUUAUAUUAUUGUUUCAAAAUACCUAUUCCAAAUGACUUGCAAUCCAGAUAACUUAAAUGGUCCAGCUCAACACCAAUACGAAAUAAUGUUGAGAAUACUCGACGAUAAAUAUCUGGCCAUCAAAAGACGCAAACAAACCGAUGAAAACUCAGAGAAAGUGCUGAUGCCAUUGUCUAUUAACCCACUCGAAAGCAUUUAUUUGUUGAAAAAUACCAACCAAAUAAUAACCUGCUUGGACGUUUCUUACUGUGCCUUAACGGAUACUCCGAAAAACUUAAAACUGCCCCAUUUGAAGCACUUGAAUCUGUCUCACAAUAAAUUCACGACCAUUCCGGAGUUUUUUUACAACGGAUUAAAUCACUUGGAAUAUCUAGAUUUGUCCUUUAAUUUAAUAUCUAGUUUUGAUGCUACACCAAACUGUGUGGCAAAAUUACAAUCCUUGAACCUAGAUAACAAUAAGUUUGUAAACGUGCCUUCUUGGUUUCUAAACUUUGUGUGUAGAAACCUAGCAAAACUGAGCUACUGUGAUAAUAAAUCAACAAAUUUCAAGUUUCUAGAUCAUUGUUGUAAUUUUUUUACAAUGAAACUGGAGAAGUUGGAAUUGAGAAACGCUUGCUUGAUAGAUACUGAUUUCAAAUGGAUAAAAUUAAUAAAAAAUCUAAAUUAUUUGGACAUAAGUAACAAAUCUUUAGAUUGUGAUAGAAAAUAUAAAAACAAAUUUAAAGAUGUAGAUAAAUUGUUUCAGAAAACGCGCUGUAGAAAUUUGCAAGUAUUAAAAAUGAAUUUUCUGGAUCUUGUUUUAUGUCCUGAAGGGUUAUUUUGGAUCGAGUCUCUAAAAGAAUUGCACAUAACUAAUAAUUUCUUAUCUUGGUUUCCUGAAGAAGGAAUUGAGUAUCUUGUUAAUUUGGAAUUCUUGGAUGUGUCUUGCAAUGAUUUAGUUGCACUGCCUGAAAAAAUAAAUGAGCUCACGAAUUUAAAAACAAUUAUAGCAUAUAAAAACCGCAUUGAAUUUAUUACGUCAUUACCAAAUAGUUUGGAAUGUUUAGAUUUAUAUGAUAAUAAUUUAGAAGAUUUUGAAAAUGAUUUAGUCAACGAUAUUUAUUUAGUUGAUUUUGAUUAUAAUCAUGUUGAUGUACUCGAAAAGGAUUUCGAUUAUAAAUUAUACUCGGAGAAACGUCGCGAUUUAAGGCUACAAUUUCAUUAUCAAAAUCGAGGCGAAGAUGGUAUUAAAAUCGUUGAAAUUCAUCCAGAUCGUGAGUCAAAAUUAUCUGAUAGAGAAGAGGAGAGUGAAGAAAUUGCGAAAGAAAUGGCGGAAUGUGAUAAAGGCUAUGAUUCAGAAGAUGCUACUUGGGUCGGGGAAGAGUCAUGGGAUUCUGUAGAUAAGGAAGUUAAAUAUAAUGUUUAUGUUGAUUUGGAGGAAUAUUUGUACGUUGAUGCAGAUUGAGGAAUCAAAGUUUUCUUUAUUUAAACAUGUUAAAAGAAAAUUAAUUUGAGUUUAUAAAUGUUAAAGUUGUCUAUGAGCACC